AUGUCCAGCUUGCUAUCAACAACUUUCGAUUGGGAGCCUGCAGCAAUGAUUAGCACCGACUCGAUCGGAGAAAGACUGUCAGCUUCAGGAACUUCCAAGGACAACGUCAAACAAGAAAGAGCUGUGGUUGCACGCUCAUUGAACUUCUUCACCAAAGGUAAAAGGUUUUCAACAAAUUUCGUCUUGAAACUUUCGGUCGAAGCAGACAAUGAAACAACAGGCCCAAGGCACCCAAAUAGCGAAAGUUGGCUGAGACCUUCCAAUGCGCCUCUUUGUGCUCUUGUAGAGCUUGAAAGCAUAUCAUCGUUGAUCUUGGAAAGAACAGAAGUGAAUAGCUCGUCAGAGAUCACAUCUAGUCUCUUCUGUAGAACCAGUUGGGAUAUCAAGAAGCAUAACGCACUGAUGUGUUCUUUCUUCAAAACAUCUUGA